UGUGUAGGUUUCUACGUCAACGGCACCACUCUCCCCGAGAUCAAGUUUGAUGUGGGGGAAUCGUAUGCUGGAAAUCUCCCUAUCAGCAACAAGCGCAACGAAACCGAUGAGCUCUUCUUUUGGUUCUUUCCGACGAACAACGAGGAGCAUCAGGAUGAUAAGGAAAUUGUCAUCUGGCUCAGUGGCGGGCCUGGAUGCUCGUCAAUGCUCGCUAUUCUUCAAGAAAAUGGCCCCCUCUCAUGGCAACCUGGGACGUUAGAGCCCACCCACAACCCUUUCAGCUGGCACCUCCUCACCAACGUCGUCUGGAUUGAUCAGCCUGUCGGCACGGGGUUUUCCAAGGGUAAUGCCAGCAUCACAGACGAAGACGGACUUGCCGAGCAAUUCAAGGGUUUCUGGCGUAAUUUCGUUGACACCUUUGGCAUGCAUGGCUGGAAAGUCUACAUCGCGGGCGAAUCGUGGGCAGGCGCAUACGGUCCAUAUAUUUCAAGCCAUUUCAUCGACGCCAAGGACACGGAUUACUUCGAUGUACAAGGAUUAAUAAUCUAUGAUGGGAUCAUGUUUGACCAAGCUUUGCAAAGCAACGUACCCAUCCUACCGUUCAUCACCCGCUACCAGGAUAUACUUCCAUUCAACGACAUCCAGCUGUCUACAUACCGUGGUACCCACGAAGAUUGCGGUUUCGCCGAUCACUUUGACAAAUAUCUUGUGUUCCCUCCCUCAGGUAUACAGCCUGAUCUCAAUUCGAGCACCACUGAUGUCAACUGCAUCUUUCUACAAGACAAUGUGUUUGAUCAGGCUCGUUUGUCGAAUCCUUGUUUCAAUUGGUACAACAUUGUCGACUACUGUCCCCUUCUUUACGACGGAAGUGGCGAUACUAGCUUCCCCUUCCGCACUAAUGCUAGCUAUUUUAACCGCCGCGAAGUCCAAAAUGCGAUUCAUGUCUCUCCUUCAGUCGAUUGGAUUGUGUGCAACCCACAGCAUGUCUUCUCGACCCACGACAGCCUUGAUCAUUCUCCUCCCGCAGGCUUCAAACAACUUCCCCAUGUCAUCGACACAACCAAAAAUGUCAUUCUUGCCGCAGGUGGUCUCGACGCAUUGGUUCCCAUAAACGGAAUCGUGCUGGGAAUUCAAAACAUGACGUGGGGUAAUGAGAUGGGUUUCCAAUACAAGCCGCAGGAUCCAUUUUACGUCCCGAGAUACGGAAUCAACCGCACCGACACUGGCUUUACCGGUUACGGCUCCAAUUUACCAGCUUCAUAUGGCGUUCUGGGUACAACUCACCACGAACGUGGUCUGACGUUUGUAGCGACAAAACUAGCUGGGCAUCAAGGGCCCGCGUAUGGGCCUGCGGCUUCGUUCCGUCACCUGGAGAAGUUGCUAGGAAGAGUAAAGAGCCUGAGCAGCACUGAGCCGUUUACUCUUCCACAGCUGCGAAACAUCUCUCAGCCAGCUAGGAACACCCUGGGCAAGGGUACCAUGCCGAUCCCCUAG